GGUACUCCUUCCUAUGUGGCACUCACGGAUACGGAGCGUCUUAUCGGUGAUGCUGCGAAGAAUUAGGUGGUGAUGAAUCCUAUGAACACCAUCUUCGAUGCAAAGUGGCUAAUUGGGAGGAAGUUCAAUGAUACCUCUGUACAGGGUGACAUAAAACUAUGGCCUUUCGAAGUUGUCGAGGGUCCGAGCAGAAAGCCUUUGAUUGGUGUGACGUAUAGGGGUGAGAGGAAGCAGUUCGCUGCCAAGGAGGUGUUGUCUAUGGUGUUGACCAAGAUGAAGGAGAUUGUGGAGGUUUUCCUCGGUAUGACUGUUAAGAACGUCGUGAUCACUGUGCCCGCGUCCUUCAAUGACUCUCAAAGACAGGCGACGAAGGAUGUUGGUGUUAUCUCUGGGUUGAACGUGAUGAGAAUCGUCAACGAGCCAACGUUAGUUGCCAUUGCAUACGGUUUUUACAAGAAGUCCACCAGUGUCGGUGAGAAGAACGUGAUGAUCUUCGAUCUUGGCCGCGAUACCUUCGAUGUGUCCAUGUUGACCAUCGAGAAAGGGAUCUUUGAGGUGAAGGCGACGACGGGAGACACGCUGUGACGCCCAACCUCACGCCCAACGCGACUUCCUGAUCGGAGUG